AUGAGCGUCGCGUACGAGCUGCUGUGGCGUUUGCUGCACGCCUUGUUCAGCGUCCAGCGCGCGCUGGUCGCCUGGGGCCGCGGUUGGUUCGGAGGUCACGGCUCGUGGCUCAGCCGUUGGCGGCGGCGCGCGGCUACGGCCGCCACCGCCGCCUCGCGGGCCCUGUUAGCUCCGGCGGCGGCGGCGAAUCCUUUCGCCUUCCACAAGCCGGCGGCGGCGGGGCGGAAAGUGGUGGGCGCCGGGGGCCGGUGGCGGAGGGAUGCGAAAUCUCUGCAGAAGCUGCCGGGCCACGUGGGGCUGGUGGUGACCGAGGAGGAGCAGAGCUACGCCGAUGUGGCCAGCUUAGUGGUGUGGUGCAUGGCGGUGGGCAUCUCCUAUGUCAGCGUCUACGACCACGAAGGUAUUUUCAAAAGAAAUAAUUCAAAGCUGAUGGAUGAAAUUUUAAAACAGCAGCAGGAAUUGUUGAAUCUUGACUGUUCAAAAUAUACAGUGAAAUUUGCAAAUCAGGAGAAAACAGAUCAAGUUUUAAAUUGCCAAUCUGUACUGAACGUGCUGUCCUCAGAGGAUGGAAAAACAGAUAUCGUAAGAGCAGCUCAGAAAUUUUGCCACUUAGUAGCACAAAAGCAAAAGAAAUGCACAGAUUUGGAUAUAAACAUCUUGGAGAAUUUAUUAAGCAGUACUAAUGGCUUUCCUGAUCCUGACCUAAUAGUAAAGUUUGGUCCUGUGGACAGUGUCCUGGGAUUUCUUCCCUGGCAAAUCAGAUUGACAGAGAUUGUUUCUUUGCCUUCACAUGUGAAUGUCAGCUAUGAUGAAUUCUUCUCUGCCCUUUGUUACUAUGCAUCCUGUGAUCAGCGUGUUGGAAAAUGAUUUAUUGCAGAAUUCUAUCAAGAUUUCUUUGGAAAGGACCAAGGUCUCUGUUUACAAAUAGCUGUGAUACAUACAAGUCCAGUACAUAGUCUUUUAAUUUAUCAAACUCAAUAAAGUGUCUUAUCCUUUUUAGAA